AUGAUACCUUUUGAAUGUUCAAAUCGACAUGGAUCAUCAUCAAUAACUCAUAUCAAUGUCGCAUUAAAUGGUGAUCAAUUUGGUGAUGAAAAUAUAAUCGUUGACGAUUCACCAUUUAAAUCUACAUUAAUUUAUGUCAAUUCAGAAGGCGUAUCUGUAGAUCUACUUCAGUUAUAUGGUGUUCAAACUCAUAUGGGUCGUUAUGUUGCACUUGAAAUGGAUAAGCUAUUUACGGUAGAAGAAAUAACAUCCAUUACUAAAGAUGAAUUGUUAAAGGAUGAACGACACUUAAUUACUAAAGUUCAAUUUAGAAGCAGUUCGAUCAAGAUUCAAGCUGAAUCAUGA